AUGGCUAAUGAACUGGUAGAUUUUCAGAAAAUCCCAGGAGUUGGGGUGAAGCUGGAUGAUUUCGCCGUUCACUUAGACGAAAGCAAUGCUAUAAUUGGUAGUUCAUCGUUUUUGGAUAUUGACCAAUUUCUUGACUCCGAAAAUGGGUUUCUUGUAAACGACACAUGCAUCAUUGUUGCCGAAGUUUAUCUCAAUGACAAUAAUGCUUCAUUUGAUAGUAAGUUAGUAAGUUUCAAGGGAUUAUGCAAAAUGGAGAAAGACUAUGUUAAACUACUAGAGAAAUCAUGUUCAAAGUACCCUUCUCUUGUUGAAAGCCAUAGAAAGAGAAAAAGGAGCCAAAGGUUCAAUCAACUUUCAUUCACAACAUUAGGGAAACUCUUGCAUUUCCUAAAGACUAAGAAAGUGAAGGACAUGAAGAGUGAUAAUGCUUGUAAGGAGUUACAAGAUUUAUGGGAAGAAGCUGAGAUUAGAUUUGAUGAUUUGAGUUGGUUGGAGCCACAUGUUAAAUCUGCUUUGAGCUAUUUUGAGAAUGCAGUCAAGGUGAAAAAGCUUAAGGCUAAUGUGGUUGAUUUAGAAGAAAAAGCCAUGACCCUGAAAGCAAAGGUAAUUGCUAUAGAUGCUGGUCUUAAAACAACAAAGAAAGAAUUGGCAAAGGCUGAAGAAGGUUUUGUAGCAAGAGAUUUGGAUGAUCGAUUAGGAUAUGGAAUAAUACCCUGA